AUGUUCACUCGAUCAUCGGCUACAUGUCUAGAUCAUAUACGAGAUACAUGGCCGAGAGAUGGGGUUAUACGACUGGAAGUUGUACACAAUCUACGCACACUGGAGUAUAAGGAAAACUGGAUCAACUGGUAUACCCAAAAGUUGACAAAGGGCUUGAUCAUCGGUACCAUCACUGCAGAAAAUGAACGGAGCCACAUGACAUGUUCUUUCAAUCCGGCCGAUGUGUUUCUGUAUGGUCCUCGAGCCAUGCCAGCUGAAGUGCGAGAAGGACGGGGAAGACCUUUGCAGAAAAUAAAACAUGAGCACGCUGAGCGUGAAGCACACAGUGGAUCUAGUCUUUUGAGCUACUUUCUUCGUGUACCCACGGAAUUGCUUCUAAAUAAUGAUGAUACGCCUGACUAUGGCGAAUCAGCUGAUGAUGUCGACAAUCAAUACGGAGACGUUAUUUAUGAACAGGAGGCUGAUGCUGAAACAGCGUUUAGCGAGCACUUCAGAAAACACUUUAGUGAAACCGGAAGACGCGUUUCCGCUAUGAGUAUCGAGUGGAGUACUCACUAUUAUACGGUAUCUUACGCCUACCUGUUUCUUUUCGCCACAAGCACAAUAUUACAACGCUCUGGGCAAGGGGAUUCUGCUCAGGUUGACGCCGACUCGGAAUGCUUCGGUGACACUUUUUCUCGCCGAGUUAUGCGGGCUGUAGUUGGUUUCGAAGACGUGGUGAUGGCAAGUCUUCGCGCUCUUGCUCAAAAUUCAUCUGAAGAUGAUGGUGCCGGACUUGGAUAUCUUCAUGAUUUGUCUACUAAUGAGCACUUCCACUUCGUUUCUUUCAUGAUGUCCAAAAGUAGCUACAUCACCGCGGCUAUUGUAAUGUUGAUAUUUACAUUCGCAAUAUCGAUGUUGCUCCGAUUCUCUCAUCAUCAAAUUUUCCUAUUCAUAGUCGAUUUAUUGCACAUGUUUGAGCUCAAUCAGCCUCUUGUUUUUCCAGCUGCACCUUUGCUUACCGUCAUUUUGGCCUUAGUCGGUAUGUUUCUAGCUAUUUCCAUCACAGUUUUUCAUUUCAUGUGGGUCGGCCCUUCUCUCUUCCGCUCC